AUGUACGAGAGGACGCUGUUGGUGAACGGGUUCUCAAAGGCGCAUGCCAUGACCGGCUUACGUGUCGGCUACCUCGCGGCACCCAAGCAUUAUAUCGAUCCUUGUACACUGCUGCAGGCCCAGCUAACGUCGUGUCCAAAUACUGUGGGCCAGGUGGCUGCUGUCGAGGCACUCAAAAAGGAGCUGGAGUGUAUGGAGAAGGGUGAGCGUCGCAUUGCAGCGGUGAUGAAGAAUCUGGAUGUGAAGCGCCACUACAUCGUCAAGCGACUGACUGCCAUGCCUAACGUGCGCUUCGCCUACCCGACAUCAGCGUUCUAUGUAUUCUUGGACUUGUCGUCUUACUUCCAGGGCAAGAAGGUCGUCAUUGCGAACGAGCGUGUGUCCCUGGCGAGCGUCGAUGACUUCUGUGCGCACUUGUUGCAACAUUCGCAUAUUGCCGUUGUGCCUGGUUCGGAGUUUGGCGACGAGUUCGGCAUGCGCAUUUCGUACGCGAGCUCGAUGGAAGCGAUCGAACACGCAAUGGACGGAAUGGAGCAGUUGCUCAAGUCGUUGACUUUUGUCAGCAGUGACAGCGACCCAUCGAUGUCGUCGCCCGCAUGUAGCUGA